AUGUCGAACAUAAGAUCUCUGAGCGAUUUAAGAAAAGAUGAAAAGAAAAAUAAAGAACGAGUUGCACAUUACACAGGAGGUCAGAACAGUGGGUUAGAAGUGGAAAACUCGGACGAUGAUUUAGUUCAAAGUUUUUUUAGUUCAAAAUUACCAGAAAAUUGUAGACAUAUAACAUUAUAUAAAAAUGGAUUUAUAGUAGAUGAUGGGGAAUUUCGUGAUUUAGAAAUAGAGGAAAAUAAAAAAUUUAUGGAGAAUAUUGAAGCAGGUAUAUUACCUAAAGAAUUAUCAGGAAAGGAUAAAACAAUGAAUGUUGCUAUUAAAGAUAAAAGUAAUCAAAUAUAUAGCAAUCCAAAAGGAAAAGGGGAUGAUGUAUUAUAUAAAGGGCAAGGUGUAAAAUUAGGAGCUGCUAAUAGAGCAAGUAUGAGUGAAGAAGAAAUAAAUAAAAUAUUGUCCUCAUCUACAAACGAUAUUAAAGAAAUAAACGUAGAUGACAGUAAACCUGUAACAACAUUACAUAUUAGAUUAUAUAAUGGGAAAAAAAUUACUCAAAAAUUUAAUCAUCAUCAUACAGUCGAGGAUUUAUUUCAAUUUGUAUAUAGUUACACACCUUUUAAUUUUUCACUCUCUUUUGACUUUCCUCUUAAGUUAAUAGAAAGAAAUGAAAAAACAUUGGAAAGUGUAAAAUUGUUGGACACUAUUAUUACGCAAAAGUUGACAUCGUAA